AUGGCCGCCUCCUCCGUCAACUCUUUCUACUAUGAAAACGCCGCCGACAGUGAAGAGGCGGCUCGAUUGUUCGACGAGACAAAGGGCGGCGUGAAGGGCCUCGUCGACUCCGGCAUCACCACGGUGCCGAAGCUGUUCCGGCUGUCGCCUCAGACCGCUUCCCAAUACGGCACCACCCGCAGCAAAUCCCCUUGUCCCUUCGCCGUGCCGGUGAUCGACAUGAAGGACUUGGAGAGCCGACGCGCAGUCGUGGUGGAGGAGAUCCGACGCGCUGCGGCCGAGUUGGGUAUGUUCCAGUUGGUAAAUCAUGGAGUGGAAGAGAGCGUGAUGGAGGACAUGAUGGCCGAAGCGCGUCAGUUCCACGAGCAGCCCACGGAGUUGAAGCAGGCUUACUACAGCCGCGACGUAACUCAGAAGGCUAGGUUUACUAGCGGAUACGGAGCCGUAAGGAGAAGCAGCUUGAAUUGGGCGGACACUUUGCUCAUGACGCCGGCGCCAUCGGAUGCACAAGAUCACCUGCCCAUCAUUUGCAGGGACUCUGCAACAAUUUUCAUUGGUCGUAUCCGGAAAUUAGGCGAAACCUUGUCGCAGUUACUUUCUCUAGCCCUGGGACUAACGCCAAAUACAAAUGAGUUUAUUUCCACGAACCUUACAACCGCGAUUCUCAACUACUAUCCACCGUGUCCGGAGCCGGAGGUUGCAAUAGCAGCAAACCCACAUUUCGAUACUUCUACUUUCACCAUCUUACUUCAAGACCAGGUUGGAGGGCUACAAGUUUUCCACGAAGGGGCUGCCGAUUGGGUUGAUGUUCCUUCACUUCACGGCGCACUAGUUGUCAAUGUUGGAAAUAUGCUACAGCUAUUGAGCAACAAUAAAAUGAAGAGUGCAGAGCACAAAGUGUUUGCGAAUGCCAUUGUUCCUAGACAAUCGGUGGCCUGCUUUUUCAUGCCUCCUAUCGAUUUUUCCACAAUGUCAACAAAGAUGUAUGGCCCAAUCAAGGAAUUGGUGUCUGAAAAAUAUCCAGCUGUAUAUCGUGAAGCUAGCUUCGCCGCGUUGUGGGGUUCCUUGUACCCGGACUUGGAAGGUUCGCUGCGAAAUCCAGUGCUUGCGCGUCUGAGGAUUGCCUAUGAUAAAGAAGUCGUGUGA